CAUAACUAGAGAUUCACCAGUAAUCUAUGCUGCAGUUGUGCGUCCUAACAAGAAACCGGCUAGGAGUAUAGAACAGAGCGACCAAAUGUACGGAAAUAUGCUAAAGCUCCAAAAACCGACUCGAGGGAGGAAAAAGAAAGCAAGGACCUCUAAAUUCAACAAGAGUAUCAAUGCAAUGAAUGAGGAAGCUGUAAAAAAUGGUACCCCGGCAACCUACUCCUUCGUGGAACCUCCUAACAAAAUUUCACCCCUGGAUGUACGAAAUCCUGAUAGGACUUUAUCACUAGAUAAAGGACAUCCUGACAGGACCUCAUCACUGGAUGUAAGACAUCAUGGUAGGACUUUAUCAUUUGAUGAAGGACAGUACGAUCAGGAGUAUGGAAACAUGACAAUGUGUUAG